AUGCUUUUCCAAAUCCUGUUUCCAUUUUUUCUUGAACACAUAGCUGGAUGGCAUUUCCCAGACUUCUUGUGGCUAGCUGAGGCUCAUGUGGCUGUAUUCUGGCCAGUGGAAAUAGGAGGAAGUGAUGUGUAUCACUUUCAGGCCUGGUCCCUAAAGGACCCUGAUCCUCUGUGCUCUCUAUCUUCCCUUUUCUGCCAACAGGAUACAAGGCCCCGGUAUAUGGCAGAGCCAUUAGAUAGAAGGGAACUGGGUCCUUGUAUACCUGCAUUGAGUGAGGACCUCAUUCUAAUCCCAGUGACCUUCACUGGACAAGGAAAUGAAGAGAAAGAAUCCCCUGAGAUUUGA